AAGUGUCUUUUACCUUCACAGUUUCAGCACCAAUACAUAUUGUUAUUACCCAAAACCCAGGACACAAUCAAGGCAAAAUGGCGGGGCUCGUCUUCCUCAGGCUCCGCCCCCCGGCCCCGUGGGUUUCCGCGAAACAUGGGCGUGUCCUUCAAACCCCCGCCGUGCUGGCCGCUCCCACUUCCUCCGCCGCUCGCGCUCGCCUGCCCAGCUCCGUUGAGAAGACUUCUGACAGCUCGCCUCGCUCCGUUUCCGACUCGUCCGCGCAGACGAGCUUCCGGUCGGUUUCGCAGCGCUUCUGAACGCGGAUCAGCUGGGCGGGGGAGGGAGAGAGAGAGAAACAGCCCAGGGACCGGAGAUACCCCGGGAGGGUAUGAGAGCAGCCGGAGCGCUUCGGGCAGAGUAAGGAAGGGGGGCUCAUCUGUGUGUUUCAUGGCUGCUGGGGAUGGCGCCCAGCUGCCGGCGACGAUAGCGGCGAGCCGCAGCGUGGAGAAGGCGCUGGAGGAGGCGGCGGCCAGCGGAGUGCUCAACUUGUCCAGCCGCAAGCUGAAAGAGUUCCCCCGCACCGCCGGCAACCAUGACCUGUCCGACAUCACGCACGCAGACCUGUCGAAGAACCGGCUGUGUGAAAUGCCAGAGGAGCUGUGUCACUUCAUCUCCUUGGAGACUCUCAGCCUGUAUCACAAUGGCAUGCGCUCGCUCUCAUCCAGCCUUGGUAACCUGCAAGCCCUCACCUACCUCAACCUCAGUCGCAACCUCCUGUCCAGCCUGCCGCCGCCGGUCUUCCAGCUCCCCCUCCUGCGAGUGCUCAUCAUCAGCAACAACAAGCUGUCCUCCCUGCCCGCCUCCAUACACACCCUCACUUACCUGCGACAGCUGGAUGUGAGCUGCAAUGACCUGCAGUGUUUGCCAGCAGAAAUUGGCCAGCUUGAGUGUCUGAGGGACCUGAACCUGAGGAGAAACCAGCUCACCACUCUGCCUGAAGAGAUCGCCGAGCUCCCGCUGGUGCGGCUUGACGUGUCCUGCAACCGCAUUUCCCACGUGCCCGUGUGCUACCGCCACCUGCGCCACCUGCAGAGCAUCUGGCUGGACAACAACCCGCUGCAGCUGCCGCCGGCUCAGAUCUGCUCCAAGGGCAAGUACCACAUCUUCAAGUACCUCAACAUCGAGGCCUGCAAGAGGAACCAGGAGGAGCUGGAGAGGCAUCUGAGGCCCACCGGCUUCAACAGCUGUUUGUCGGAGCACGAGCUGUUCUCAGGUCAGUUUGGGGGCCUGGACUCUGGCUUCAACAGUGUGGACAGUGGCAGCAAAAGAUGGUCUGGGAACGAGUCGGCAGAUGACUUUUCCGAGCGUUCUCUCCGCAUCGCUGAGGUCAGCAGAGACCAAAGGAACCUGGAGGAGGAGGUAGAAGAGGACUCUCCUCUGGAGGUGACCCGAGCUGUGGUGAACGGAGGCACUGAGCAGGUGGACUUCAUCGACAGCAGUGUGACGGAGGAGGAAGAUUGCAGGACAGACGCCCUCACCCCUCCUCUCACAGCGCCUCCUCUGGAGCAGACGGCGCAGUCUUCUCCGUCCCCAACCCGAGAGUCCUCGUUCAAGUCCACCAUACAGGUGGAGCUAGGUCCGCCAUCAUCUGGUUCUUCAUCUCCAUCCAGUCCGUCCCUGGAGGAGAAGAGGAGGCCCGGCACCCUGCUCAUCUGGCAAGAGAGGGAGCGACAGCAGCAGCAGAGGGAAAAGGCCAAGGAUGGCCUUUUGUUGAAGCCGCCGUCCAAAACAGGAAGCCAUUUGGCCUCUUCGCCACAGACAGGAAGUCACACAGGUGCUGGUUCACCGGAAAACAACAGCCAUCAGCUGUCCCUCAGACAGCGCUGUGCAAGUGCUGAUCAGAUGUCUGUCACACACCCUCCAGCGGUCAUCAAGCGCUCCGUCAGCAAAUCAGAUGUUCCGUCCUCCCCGAAAGCAUCGUCCCCUCCCGGCCAAGUCCAGAAACCCAACAGCUUCCUGUUCCGCGUCUCGUCCCGCUGCAACGUCAAGGCCACAGGAUCAGCCCAUAGUCUGGAGGAGUCUGGUAGGAGUGAGUCUCGCACCAUACUGAGAUCUCCGAAGGAGGAAAGACCAGAUGUUGAACAACUACGUAAGAUUCUGGAGUCCCGGCUGAAGAUCACUUUACCAGUGGAUCUUGGGGAGGCGUUGUCCAACGGCACCGUCCUUUGCCAGCUGGCCAAUCACUUGCGUCCACGCUCCGUGUCAAUCAUCCACAUUCCCUCCCCAGCAGUGCCAAAACUGAGCGCUGCGAAGUGUCGACUCAACAUCGAGAAUUUCAUCACCGCCUGCCGCAAGCUGGGGGUCCAGGAAACGGAGGUGUGUGUGUCCUCUGACGUCUUUCUGUGUAAGCUGCCCGCUGUGCUGCGCUGUGUGACGGCCCUGCUGGCCACUGCGGGGGAGGGCAGGGUGGAGGCGGGAGAGACGGCAGUGACCGGGCCCCCCUGCUGCUCCACGUCCUCCUCGUCUUCGCUGUCCUCCUCCUCCUCCUCCUCGCUGCUCUCGACAGGCUUCCUGCUCUUCUACUGUGUGGCCAUGACCUUGCUCUACACACUAUACUGCCUCCUGCUGGCCUAGAGGGGGGGGGGCAGUUUAGUCACACACUCACUGUAGCCAUAGUCCACAGCAGCACAGACAGGGUGAGGUCAUACACCCACCACCACCACCACCACCACACUCGCCUACAUGCACUUACGAGCCUCUCUGACACACACACACACACACACACACAGGCAGCUGUUGGGUUUAUAAAGAAUCGCACACACGGAGUCGGUCAGCUGCCGCCACAGUUGCUAGCACACACUUAGCGGUGUCCCGGCGUGUCCAGCGUGCUCAACAGCCACGAGCAUGGAGCACAUGUCAGUACUGCCUGUGUACACGCACAGCACAGCUGCCAGGGCUGACGGUGUACUUCACCACACAGCCGUGUGUCACAAAGCACCUUUGUACACCAACCACAUGCCGACUCGAACCCGAGGCCUUUCGCUCCGUGGGAAUUCGUGAAUAGAUGUGAGCACGCUACUCGAGACCGGAGACGGGCAGCACGGCGUGAACGGCUAGCAGGUUUUAACGGUCUUCCUACACGUGACCCGCCUGAGGCGAGGCUAGCCAGCUUCCCACCCAGCCGCUCUCUAGCGAGGGGGGGAGCUACGUCAGACAGAACUGUGAAUGUGAAUGUGACUAUUUUUAUUGCUUUUGCCUUGAGAAAGAUGUAGGCUAAUAUGGGAUGUGAUUUGGUCCAGAGAUGCCUGUGCUGCUUAGAGAGUUGGUUUCCCCUGAAGCAAACUGAGUCAACUAUAUAGUGCCUCUUACUGGAGACUGCCCCAAGACCACCCACCGUUCUUUUCCUGUGCUCCCCACAAUACUGAUUAUAACCAGCAGGGGUCGACAUUGUGACGUUCACCCCAAACCUUCACGCAUCCCGACUGACGGUACAGAAGCCUUUUAAAGGUUGUGUGUAUAGUUUUUCUUUUUGUGUGUCUGUGGUCACUAAGGCCAGCUUGUUUUGCUUCGUGUCUGUAUAAAUGUAAACAACUGACUAAAUUAUUGCUUUUAUUUAUUUUGUUGAUUUUUUCCCCCCCCCGUUUUGUGCAGUGCUUGGCAGAGAAGCAGAGGCCUGUGGUGUCACUGAGUCAAUAGGCCGGUGGAGUCAGUGCCUCCUUAACACAGCUUGGACCAAUGGGGCCACUUUGCAUUAGCCGCUGGUUAAUUAAAGUGCUCAGUAGCUGUAACGAGCCUGACCGUUUUAAGCGCUACCUGUCUGUGAACCCAGCAGCUGCCUGCAGGCUGAGCUUAGCCGGACAGCACACGGCCUCGGCUUCCUGGCUGGACAUGUUGUGUGUUGCUUGUUGCUGUCAGGUCAGUGGUGGCGUCUGUGCGGCGGGACCCGGCUCACUGACUGGAGGGAGGGAGGUCAAAAGGGUAGAGCGGGAAUCGCUCUCGUCUCCGGCGACGAGUCCCGACUCGGUUAACGACCGCACGCUUCCCCGAGCGGGGAGUUCGUUUGACGAGACACGUUCAGGGCUGAAGGCCGGGGUCUCCUCCGAGGCGUCCUCCUCGCACCAGUCCCUCCUCGCAGUCAGUCAAGCUGCUCCUGCUCUGAGCACGCCGGCCAGCCGGGCGUGGACUCAUCAUGUCCCCCUUCUUGUCUUAUAUUUCUAUUUUUCAAGCAUAAAGUUUGCCUGCUGUAGAAGUGGAGUUUAUAGCGUUUGAGUCAAAGUCUAAUGUUUUAUAAAGGGCGAGACCGGACACACGCCGGAGGCCACUCACCGGCUUAGACCAAACUAUAUUCGUACAGCCGUUAGCGGAACAGAAAUACUCUUGUAUUUUAUAUUUAUAUAUCUUUGUAUUUAAUGAGAAUGAUAAUUUUGAGUUUAUACAAAUCUAUAUGUAAAUUCUUUUCUCACUGUAAAGAAAUUAUUAAAAAAUGAGGUUGCGACCAUGUGCUCCUUGUCCGCUUGUGUGUUUUGCCUGCUGUUGUGCGUCCUGCUCCCGUUGCAUUGGCGCUGCGCUUCCUGCACAUAUACGCCGCUCUGCUGCCAGCAUGUCCACCACACUGCGUCUGCAGCCGCACAUCCAGACGCCCGCCGCCUGGUGCAGGGCGGCGGGCGUCCUGAGCAAACUAGCCUGCACGAGGAAUGAUGAGUUUAAAAAAAAAAAAAAAGCAAAAUAAAUU